GAGGGGGAAACCAGGGCACAGAGAGGGUGCCACCAUGCACGUGAAGAAGUACUUGCUGAAAUGCCUGCACCGGCUUCAGAAGGGCCCCGGCUACACGUACAAGGAGCUGCUGGUGUGGUACUGCGACAACACCAACACCCACGGCCCCAAGCGCAUCAUCUGCGAGGGGCCCAAGAAGAAGGCCAUGUGGUUCUUCAUCACCCUGCUCUUCGCCGCCCUGGUCUGCUGGCAGUGGGGCCUCUUCAUCAGGACCUACCUGAGCUGGGAGGUCAGCGUCUCCCUCUCCAUAGGCUUCAAGGCCAUGGACUUCCCCGCCGUCACCGUCUGCAACGCCAGCCCCUUCCAGUAUUCCAAAGUCACGCAUUUGCUGAAGGACCUGGAUGAGCUGAUGGAAGCCGUCUUGAGGAGGAUCCUGGCUCCAGAGCCAAGCCUUGCCAAUGCCACCACAGCCUUGAACUUCACCAUCUGGAACCACACGCCCCUGGUCCUUAUCGACGAGCGGAACCCCCACCACCCAGUGGUCCUCGACCUCUUUAGGGAGAACCACAAUGGCUCAGAAAGCAGCAGCCCAGCACCAGAAAGGAUCUGUAAUGCCCAGGGAUGCAAAAUGGCCAUGAGACUGUGCAGCCUCAAUGGGACCGAGUGCACCUUCCGGAACUUCACCAGCGCCACCCAGGCAGUGACGGAAUGGUACCUCCUGCAGGCCACCAACAUCUUCGCACAGGUGCCGCAGCAGAAGCUGGUGGAGAUGGGCUACCCCGCCGAGCGCCUCAUCCUGGCCUGCCUGUUCGGUGAUGAGCCCUGCAGCUACCGGAACUUCACCUCCAUCUUCGACCCUCAUUAUGGCAACUGCUACAUCUUCAACUGGGGCAUGACCGAGAAGGCGCUCCCUUCUGCCAACCCCGGAACUGAAUUUGGCCUGAAGUUGAUCCUGGACAUAGGCCAGGGAGACUAUGUCCCCUUCCUCGCAUCCACGGCCGGGGUCCGGCUGAUGCUUCAUGAGCAGAGGUCGUAUCCCUUCAUCCGAGACGAGGGCAUCUACGCCAUGUCGGGGACAGAGACCUCCAUCGGGGUGCUAGUGGACAAGCUGCAGCGCAUGGGCGAGCCCUACAGCCCGUGCACCGUGAACGGCUCCGACGUCCCCAUCCAAAACUUCUACAGCGACUACAACACGACCUAUUCCAUCCAGGCCUGUCUUCGCUCCUGCUUCCAAGACCACAUGAUCCGCAACUGCAGCUGCGGCCACUACCUGUACCCAUUGCCCCACGGGGAGAAAUACUGCAACACCCGGGACUUCCCAGACUGGGCCCGCUGCUACUCGAAGCAGCAGAUGAAUGUGGCCCAGAGGGAGAGCUGCAUCGGCAUGUGCAAGGAGUCCUGCAAUGACACCCAGUACAAGAUGACCAUCUCCAUGGCCGACUGGCCUUCUGAGGCUUCCGAGGACUGGAUUUUCCACGUCUUGUCUCAGGAGCGGGACCGAAGCACCAACCUCACCUUGAGCAGGAAGGGAAUUGUCAAGCUCAACAUCUACUUCCAAGAGUUCAACUAUCGCACCAUUGAGGAAUCAGCAGCUAAUAACAUCGUGUGGCUGCUCUCAAAUCUGGGUGGCCAGUUUGGCUUCUGGAUGGGGGGCUCGGUGCUGUGCCUCAUCGAGUUUGGGGAGAUCAUCAUUGACUUCGUGUGGAUCACCAUCAUCAAGCUGGUGGCCCUGGCCAAGGGCCUGCGGCAGCGGCGGACCCAAGCUCGCUACGCCGGCCCGCCACCCACUGUGGCGGAGCUGGUGGAGGCCCACACCAACUUUGGCUUCCAGCCUGACACGACCCACCACAGCCCCAACACCGUGGCCUACCCCGACGAGCAGAGCCCGCCCAUCCCGGGCACCCCGCCCCCGAACUAUGACUCCCUGCGUCUGGGCGUCAUCGAGUCAGAUAGUGAGGGCGACACCAUCUAACACAGUCCCUACCCACCCCCGGCAGCUCACAAACUGGAAGCCGAGGAGCCGAGACCAUUGCCCAAGGCCUCAUUUUAUGG